UCAAGUGACGGUGUUUUUCGAAUUGGUAUCAUUUACUGCUAUUCCAUGCUUAGAAAAUGCAUCAAUUUGCUGACUUGAUCACUAGCAGAUACUAUGCCAACGCUUCAUGUUGCUUGAAUAUGCGUACUCUUUAUGUAUGAGCUACAUCAAUGAGGACGAGGAUUUUUGUUCCUGGAAGUGAUAGCCAUGUGCAUAAUAUGAAGGAACUGGAAAAAUCUCUCAUCCUGCAUGCAAUCUUUUCUUUCUGCUGUCUUAUGUGUCAUCUUUAACUGAACUUGGAUGUUAAGAUGUAGCUGUGAUGGAGUGAAUUAUAGAUUCAAUUUCUUUUCGCAUGUCUUGGAGUGGAUUGACCUCAAGUUGUGUCACACGAGGAAUAUCUUCUGCUUGAUCCUCUGUUUUCACCAUGUGGCGACAAUCAAAAUGCGGUUUGAUGGUCUUCCUAGCUAAAGUCCGAUUGCUUUUACGUAGGGUCGUGAAGGCUGGUUGGUGGUAUUUGUCUAUGCUAGGGUGAUAGCAGAGUGAUAAAUGGGGAAAUGCACUGUCCUGUUCUUGAGUUCGGCCGCAGUAACCGAGUCAUAAUGUCAGCUUGGUCGUAGAUUAUUUACUGCCUGUUGGUUGACAAGGUUGAUGAAUAUGCUUGUGACGUCCACGGCAAAAGGGGAGAAUCUCAUGUUACCUCAAUGUGAAAUAUUGAUACAUGACAUGUUUUCAGAUGUACGAGCAGUGGCUGCUCUCGAGGUUCUUGCAGGCUAGCGUACUUAAGAAAGGCGAAGGGAUAAAAAUCACACCAUUGAGAAAACUAUCUUUGUAUAGAUCUUUCAGUCUUUCUGCAUUGUCAUGAGCUGAUCACGGCGAAUUCACAAUGAAUACCAAGAUGAAGGAUCUAAGCAAGAGCUUUAACGCUGUUGCAUUGUAACUGAGCCGAUCACUUUAUCUUCUGUGUGGUUUUUCUCUUAGUCUAGAUGGCUAUGAUGUUAAAGUGGAAUGUCCUCGUGGCCUGGGAAUUGCCUUUUUUCCGACGAAUAGGGUGAAAAGCUGGGACAAUUGUGCACCAUCAUUUUCUCUAGGGGUACAUGUGAUGUGACUCGGGUAAUUUGAUCUGAGAGUGUUAGAUCUGACCAAUCCUGACAAGAGAAUGUGCCGGAGAUAACAAUAAAGAGGACUAUGAUCAAUCAUUGGGUCAUAAAAGCAAGUUUUCGUGAAGGCAAAAAGAUGCUGCCACUUAAGAAUGGCUUGAUUUUGACUCUCGACAGAUACUCUCCUGUAGCAGAGCUAGGUGCAAAGUAUAGCAGGAGGCGCCUCUGCGAAGACGCAUAAUUUGAUUUGCUUGUGAUUGUGCAACCCAAUAGUGGGGGCGUUUUUAGGGGGAGUCCGCUUCAGAAAGGAUUGUAGAAUGAUUCCUUUGUGAUUCUUAAGUUGCCGGUCUGACUGUGAGAGAAACGUCAUAAUUUAAAGCAAGUUGGAGACAUCUUCUUAAUGAAACCUGAGGCAACAUAUUCCAAUUGAUGAUGUUUGUAUAAAAACGAGAAGACAAAUGUUGGUCAGCAGCAAGGGACACAUGUCAGCUUGUAACUCUUCCAAAGCACCACGUCGCUCAGUCUCCCCUGUAUCUUGCCAUGCAUUUGCGUCCCCACCUGGCCACCACUCUCUCUCUCUUCUCUCGUACAGAAACACAGAGCUAAUAGCAAACUCCAAUGGAGGAUGAAGAAGAAGAAUGGAUGUUGUACGAAGACCCCACAUGUGAAACACCGCCGCCGCCGCCACCGGAAUCCCACUGGUUCACAAGACUCCUUCUCCUGCAAGCAGAGCUUAUAUACAAGUGCGUCGUGUCUCUCUUGUCCCCGAUCUUCUGUCUCCUCUCCUUGGCCCACGACUCUUACCAUCGCGCCGAGGAGACCAAGGACUCCGUCGAGUCCGCUGUUCACCAGGUCCCCUCCAACCUCUCCCUCCUCCUCAAGAGGCUCGGCCUCGGCUUCAUCGCCUCCGCCCAUGUCUGCAUGGUCUUGACUCUGCUCAUGGCUCUGUCUGUGGUGGUGGGUGUGGGGUUGGUGAGGAUGUGGGUGGAGGAGCCUGUGUGUGUGAGACAAAGGUUGCAUCUCGACUAUACUCGUCUUCAUCCCCAGGCCAUCGUCUCCUUCUGUGGUGGUGUUGAUGGCGGAAUAGGCCUGUGUGAAGGGUUUCACAGGAAGAAGCAUGUGGGCAUUCCUGUGGGUCACACAUUCUCCGUCUCUCUGUUGCUCUUGACGCCUGAGUCCGACUAUAAUCGCCACAUUGGUGUUUUUCAGGUGACUGCAGAGUUGCUAUCGGUGAAUGGGGAAGUGAUCGCAAGGUCGAGUCAGCCAUGCAUGCUGCGCUUCAGAAGCCUCCCGGUGAGGCUCAUCAGGACGCUCGUACUGGGCAUACCUCUGUUGCUAGGAGUCUCAGCAGAGACCCAGAAGAUCAAAGUUGAGGCCUUGAAGCACAGGGAGCCAAGGCAUCCCAGGACAGCGGCCAUCAGGAUCACACUGAUGCCGAGGGCGGGGACUUUGCCGCUGCCGCAGGUGUACGAGGCCCAGAUCGCGAUGAACUCGCAGCUGCCAUGGGCGAAAGAGGUGGUCCACAACUGGAGAUGGAGCUUCUGCGUGUGGGCGUCCCUCUGCACGUACACCACUCUCCUGCUCGCCCUCCUCUGGUGCUGCAAAACCCUGGUCCUGCCGUCCGGGUUGGCAACGGGGGUCUCCUCCAUGGGGCACAACGGCGUGUCCGAGGUCGAUGUGAAGAAGAGCGAUGGCGGAGCGAGGGAAGAAGAGGCGAGAGUCGGCGACGAUGGAGACGAGGUUGCGGAGUUGUUGAGGAAGUGGCAGCAGAGCAGAGGGAAGAGGAAGGCCAGGUUUGUUUUCCAAGGUGAAGGUUCGUCAGCAGCGUCCAGCAGGAACGUGACUCGAGAAGACACGAGCGCGAGCAUGGAGGAAGAUGAGGUUUGGGAUUCGGAGUCUGUGUGCUUGAGCUAGUGCUCUUCGCACGUAAUUUUUGUGACCUGGUCUAAUCAAACGCAUGCGCAUUUUUAUAGUAA